UUUGUUUCUCCCACUCUCUCUCGUCACCUGCGCAAAGUCAAGCGAAGGAUUGACGAGAAACGCAUGAAGCUUUUUCAACCCACAGCCCAGGCGUUUCAGGACUUAGCUCCUUCUAUCGGGGCAACAGCCAACAACCAAAUACCACUCCCGAACGAAAUAAUGGCCGCGAUAUUCGCCCACUGCAUCCCAAAUGACCCUAUGGUCAAUUUAGUUGACCCAAAGCAAUAUCCACUACUUCUUCUUGGGAUUUGCAAGGCAUGGCAACACCUCGCACUCUCGACACCUGCUCUUUGGUCGACGCUUUAUUUUGAUCUGGAUUACAUAGCCUCAAAAUCGGUAGAUGGAAGGCUCGGUAACAUCCCCCUCGUUGUAGAUGCCUGGUUAACCCGCGCACGCCGCCGUCUCUUGACUGUCGGUAUGGCUGGACUCUGGUGGCCAUGGACCUACUCCGAGUCGGCCACGGGGGAGUCCCACAUGAUGAGGCGGCGGCUGUUGGAAAUAAUCCAAAAGCAUUCGCCGAAUAUAAGACAUCUUGUUUGGCGCCUCGCACACACGCCGGAAGCGGUCCUCUUCAAACAGUAUCCAAUGGACUGGGGGAACCUUGUUGAACUCGAACUUGUAUCACCAGGCCCUUAUGACGAACUCGAGUUGAGGGGUUACGAUGACCCCAUCGAGGUAUUUGCUAACGCACCACUACUCCGCAAGAUAUCGUUCACAAAAGUCCACCCUGAAGUUUUCGACCUGCCUUGGGCGCAGUUGACACACUUGAGCCACGAGUGCAUAUACGCGCACCAAUGCCUACCAGUUCUCUCGGCACUACCCAGUCUUGUCCAUUGCCAACUUCAAUCUGGAGACCGCGAGCUCGAGCAAGACCUGCUCCUCUCGAUAAAUACAUACUCCUCAAUCAAACAGUUGUCCCUUAUCGAACACGAAUGGAUUGCCGUACAUUCACCGACGCUCUCAAAAAACAUCCUUGGGUUUAUGACGCUGCCGGCUCUAGACUCUCUUGAUCUUACCGGGGCAGAUCGCAUUGAUGCCGACCUCUUGGUAGCGUUCUUGGAGCGCUCUUCGGCCCCGUUACGACGGCUUGCAUUCCACCCAUGCAAAUCACAGCACCUUGCCUCAAUCAAGCCGUUCCAUCUCCUGCCACACCUCGAGGAGCUUGAAAUCCACCGUCCUUCCCGUCAUUUAACUGCGGGCAUUUGCCAGGAACUCGCCUCCAACAAGUUCUUGCCCCGAUUGCUGAGCUUGAUUCUCCACUCACCCAGUUCGGUCCGUGAAAUGGACUUCAUAGCCGAUCAGGUUGGCCACGCUCUUCUGGCCCGGGAGAAACUCGUUAGGCCACCUCUCAAAUCACUCAGGCUGGUUGUACCGAUGGAUUAUGGCGACACGAGCAUGACAAAGAUGAGUUCUGCACUGGUUAACCUGGUGGGACUACAGGAGGAGAGCGGGACCAAGGUAUAUGUCAAGUAUAUGUGA